AGGUCCGUCCCCCUAAACUCCCCCAUAAAUCGUAUAUAUGUGUGGCCCGAGUGCUCUUUGUCGCAAUCGCAACCCCACCCACGCGAGAAGUUGCGACUCUAACCUAGAAACUCCGCCACGAGAAUUUUGGGGAAAAUAGUUUCUUCCUUCUUCACUUCGCCGGAGAAUCAAUUCGUCUUGUAUCGCCUGGGAUCGACUUCACCGACCGGACCCAGUUCGCAUCAAUCAAUCUGGUGUUCAAAGGCCGAGACUUUCUGAUGUUCGCUCGAUACCGUUCGUUGUAUAACCAAUUCAAUCGGAGUAGGGUUUAAGGGUUGUUCCCGUGAAGAACCUCCCGACUCGUUUGGAUACUUUUGUAUGAGAUUCCCUUGUGUUGUGUUUUUUGUUGCUUUUUGAUUUUUAAUUUAGCAAAAAAAAAGCCUUUUGAUUUUUGUAUUCUGUAUGAUCAACAAUUUCUCCAUAGUAAUCUUCUCUGCGUCUUCGUUUUUUUAGCUUUACAUUAUUCGAUUAAUAUUCAGGCAAAAAAAAAUUGUUCAGAAAAAAAAAAGAUAAGAAAUUUUUUUAUACUCAGUAGAAUCUGAUUGAAAUAUUAAGGAAAAAAAAAGAGUGAAAAAAAAAAAGAGAGGAAAGAACAAAGUAAGAUCGAUCUAUGGCUAGUGUCCAGCAAAAUGGGCAAAGGUUUGGCAUUACAGAACCUAUCUCUCUGGGAGGACCAUCGGAGCUUGAUGUGAUUAAGACAAGAGAGCUUGAGAAGUACUUGCAAGAUGUUGGAUUGUACGAGAGUAACGAGGAAGCUGUUAAAAGGGAGGAGGUUUUGGGGAUACUAGAUCAGAUUGUUAAAACAUGGAUCAAAACAAUCAGCCGGGCCAAAGGGUUGAAUGAUCAGCUGCUUCAUGAGGCGAAUGCAAAGAUAUUUACUUUCGGUUCUUAUCGACUAGGGGUACAUGGACCUGGUGCUGAUAUAGAUACUUUAUGUGUGGGACCUAGACAUGCAACUAGAGAAGGUGAUUUCUUUGGUGAACUACAAAGAAUGCUGUCAGAAAUGCCUGAAGUAACUGAACUGCACCCUGUGCCUGAUGCUCAUGUUCCAUUGAUGGGAUUCAAACUUAAUGGAGUUUCUAUAGAUCUCCUUUAUGCACAACUUCCACUCUGGGUUAUACCUGAGGACUUGGAUAUAUCACAGGAUGCCAUUCUACAGAAUGCUGAUGAGCAAACUGUUCGAAGUCUUAAUGGUUGUAGAGUUACUGACCAAAUCUUGCGUCUGGUUCCAAAUAUUCAGAAUUUCAGGACAACACUAAGAUGCAUGCGAUUUUGGGCCAAACGACGUGGAGUAUACUCUAAUGUCUCGGGAUUUCUUGGUGGUAUAAACUGGGCGUUACUUGUAGCCCGAAUAUGUCAACUUUAUCCUAACGCCCUCCCGAAUAUGUUAGCAUCUAGGUUCUUUAGGGUCUACAAUCAAUGGCGUUGGCCGAAUCCCGUUCUUCUUUGUUCAAUGGAUGAAGGAUCCCUCGGUCUUCAAGUUUGGGACCCUAGAAGAAACCCAAAGGACCGGUCGCAUAUAAUGCCCAUCAUUACUCCCGCUUAUCCUGGUAUGAACUCCAGUUAUAAUGUCUCUGCAAGUACAUUGCGGAUUAUGACAGGAGAGUUUCAGAGAGGAAAAGAAAUAUGUGAGGCUAUGGAAACAAACAAAGCUGAUUGGGAUACUCUUUUUGAGCCAUUUGCAUUCUUUGAAGCGUAUAAAAACUAUCUUCAGAUAGACAUCUCUGCUGCAAAUGUCGAUGAUCUAAGAAAAUGGAAAGGCUGGGUUGAGUCACGUCUCCGGCAGCUCACACUGAAGAUCGAGAGACAUACUUAUGAUAAGCUUCAAUGCCACCCUCAUCCCCAUGAUUUUCAAGACUCAUCCCGACCACUCCAUUGCUCUUACUUCAUGGGUCUGCAGCGUAAACAAGGAGUUCCUGCAGCAGAAGGCGAGCAACAAUUUGAUAUUAGAAGAACGGUCGAGGAGUUUAAACACACAGUUAACGGUUACAUGUUGUGGAUUCCCGGGAUGGAGAUUAGUGUCAGCCAUAUAAAGCGGAGAAGCUUACCUAAUUUUGUGUAUCCUGGUGGAAUUAGACCUUCACAUACCUCUAAAGGAACAUGGGACAGCAAACGCCGUUCAGAGCAUAGAAAUUCUUCUACAUCAAGUGCAACAGUUUCUCAUACAACUACGACUGAAAUGAGUUCUGAAAGUAAAGCUGGUUCGAACAGUCCAGGAGAUGGGAAGAAGAGAAAGUGGGGACAUGAUGGAUCCCUGACCGAUCAGCCAAGGCCCUCUAAACACGUUGCUGUUUCAGUACCUGUAGAGAAUUCUGAAGGCGGGAGCCCGAAUCCAUCUGUUGGAUCCAUUUGUUCAAGUCCUAUGAAAGAUUAUUGUACAAACGGUAAAUCUGAUCAUAUUAGUAAGGAUCAAGUAGAUAAUGUUUUCAGUAAGGAUCCACCAAUAGAGAAGAUAGCCACUCCUCAAGCUCCUAGUCAAGAAACUGAGGAGCUUGAAGAAAUUGGUGAUUUUGGGAAUCAAAUGAUACAGCAGAUAACUCCCAAAGAUGCAAUCUCGAUGGUUACUGCAACUAUACCUCCAUUGGAAGCUACUGCUUUGAAUGGCUCUCUAUUCUCCAAUGAAGCAGUGGAAGAACUCGAGGUACUUCCCAUGCGACAGCCUGAGGCGGCACAUAGAGCUUCAGUACAACAGCCGAAACCGAUAAUUAAAUUGAGCUUCACAUCUCUAGGCAAAACCAAUGGCAAGUAAUAAUGGUGUUUUCCCUACAUUGCCAAGAAUCUCAGCAUGUACCCGAUAUUCAAGAUGUUAGUCGAAGGGUUCUCUAUGUAAAAGAAGAGUCUUCUUAUAUUAUGUUACUUUUCUUAGAUGUUGCAAGUCCUAAAUACUUUGAUCUCAUGUAAAACUCGUUUGGAUAAGAUUUAAUAUAAUGUGUUCUCGUCUAAUCCGAAACACUUUUCUCAA